AGUAAUCAAUUGUAUCACAUUACAUUUAGUUACAAACUUAUAAAUAAUUGAUUAAGUUAUUUUUAGUUAUUUAUUGCAUUACUAAAUUAAUAAUACGAUAAUCUAAAAUCUUAAUAAAUAAAUAAGACUUUAAUUUGAUAAUCUAUGGAAAGUUCUGACUUUGAUUAAUUGUUUAUAUCUUAGGUAAUAAUGUCAAAUGGAAAUUUUAACAAAUCAUCCUGAAAUAAAAGUUUAUUUAUAUAAUUCCCAUUCAAAACAUAUAUAGAAUUUGUCAAAUCUAGUUUAAAAUUAUAAAAUUAAAAUAUUUAGUUAAAACCAUCAGAGAAUCUUAAUUUAGAUCAAAUCCUUAACAAUAUACUAAGAUAUCUUUAUUAUAUUAUAAAUAAUUAAAAAGAACAAAUAUAAUGAAAUUUGGAAAAUCACUCUAAAAGCAAAUGAAUUUGUUCGAAUAUAAUAAUUAUUAAUUAAAAUGAUUUCUAGUAACUAAACGAAAUCAUUACUUGAAGUAAUAGAAAAGAACGAAGAUCCAUCAGCUUUUGCAGAUGCUCUAGGUCUUUUAGAAAAACUAAUAACUAAGUAUUUUCUAAGAUUUAAAUUAGUAUUAUAAACAAUCCCAAUGAAGAUAAAUUUAAACAUAUAAAGAUGACAGUUAAAACAUUAGCAACACGAUUAUUUAAUAUAAAAUAAAUGGCAGAGUUAUUAACAUCAUUGGGUUUCAUUUAAGUAUUCAAUCAACUCUAUUUAAAAUAUAGUUAGAUUAAGAAUUCUAUCUACCUGAUGAAGAAUUAGUAAAAUUACUAGAGAAUUUCAAUACUAUCAAAUGGUAGCAUAUUCUAGCAUAAGGAAGAGUAGACGGACCUUAAUAAUAUCAAAAGGCAUAGGAAAUGUAUUAUAUUAUUUUCUAUGAUUUUCUAGAGUGAGACAAUAACAAGAAGUUUAAAGAUAAUAUGAGAAAGAAUAAAGAGAAAAGGAGAAAAUCCAAUAAUAAAUGAAAUAUGAUAGACAAGAAAGAAGUUUAGUGAAGGAGAAGGAUUCAAAGGCAAAUGAUUUGUAAUUUGGUGCCAAAGUUAAAACUUGUGAAUAAUUAGGUAUAAAUAAGAAUACAGGUAAACGUGGGUGAGGUUGAGCGAGGCGAAGGUUUAAAUACUUUCGCCUCGCAUUAUAAUAAUAAGGAAAAUAAUCAAUCAGCCAAUAGAAGUAAGAAAUUACUUCUUAAAUGAUCAAAGGGCAUUUAAAAUUAAUAGAUGCUUUUUGAGAGAUGGAUUGUGAGUUUUCUUUAUAUAUAUGCAUGGUGAAGUCAAU